AUGGGCGCGCCUGGACCUCCUCGCAAGCCCCUGGGAAUCAAGCAGCUGACACUGAGUUUUUGCGCAGGAGCCACCCUUGCAACGCUGCUCCACGGCCUGCAUGCUCCCGGCUACAGCCCACCAUCUGACGCAGCAUGCCAGACCAGUGGAGUGCCGCCACCCGUGCUCCAUGGCUGCUCCAGCCAGCAGCAGAGCGGCGGGCCGUCCGUCGUGCCGCCGCUGCUGCCGCCGCUGCCCUGGGAGCCGCUGCUGACGGCGGCGCAGCUGCGGCGGGGGCUGUCCUUCUACGGCAGCGGCGCACGCAUCGAGCGGGUGGCGGCCAAGCUGCUGGCAGGGCAGCCGAUCACGGCGGUCACGCUGGGCGCCAGCGUCACAAGAGGGCAUGGCGCCAGCAGCGUGGAGAGCGGCUACCCGUCCAGGUUCUUCGAUUUCCUCAACGCCAGCUUCCCACACAGGGACCACGUGCUGCUGAACAAGGGCAUCGGCGCCACCAACAGCGGCAUCUACGCCGUGUGCUUUGAGAAGCUGGUGCCAGCCGGCGCCGACCUGGUGGUGGUGGAGUUCACCUUCAACGAGCACAGCGCCGUGCCCUUCCCGCACCCCACCCGCCGCGGCUUUGAGCAGCUGCUGCGCAAGCUGCUGCGCCUCCCCGCCUCCCCCGCCGUCAUCGUGCUGCACCACUACGCCUGGUUUUAUGCGUAUGGGGACGGCGUGGAGGCCGGGCUGUACUACCGGCCGGCAGAGGCGCAGCUGAGCACGCUGGCGCAGUACUACGACAUCCCAGCCCCCUCCGUCCGCAACGCGCUGUACCGCAUGAUGCAAGCCGAUGUGGCGCCCUACAAGGCACGCCCGCCGCUGCAACACUUGCGCCUGGUCCUGCUGGUCAGCCGCGUGCUGGUGCCCAACCUGGUCACCGUGCACAACCGCACGGUGCCGUCGGCGGAGGCGGGCACAGAGGGCGACUACUUCUACAAAGACAUCAUCCACCCAGCAGACUCGGGCCACCAGGCCAUGGCCGAGCUGCUGGCGGGCGUGGUGCAGACGGCUUUGCUGAAUGUGGCGGCGGCCGGCGGGGAGGCGGGGGAGACGGAUGAGGCGCCGGAGGAGCUGCCGCCGCCCAUGAUCCCCCGCAACCUGGACCACCCCACCUCGGUCUGCGCCAUGCAGGAGGACUUCCAGCCCGUGGCUAAGGGCAUGGAGGGCUUUGAGUACAAGGCUGAGCGCCCGAAGGCACCCACCUUUGUGGAGCAGAAGUGGGGCUAUAGGGGGAGUGGCACAGGUGCUUGGGUGGAGCUGGAGAUCAGCACGCAGCAGGAGAGGGCUGUGGAGGGGGCCCAGAAGGCCGACGCCCCCACCCGCCACGCCACCGUCCACUUGGGCUACCUGCGGUCCUACGUGCACAUGGCGCUGGCCAGGGCGGAGUGCACCUCUGGCUGCACCUGCGAGCCGACGUACCUGGACGGGCUGUGGGCGCAGCGCUCCUCGCUCACGCAGAUUCACAGCUUCGAGGCAAGCCCGGCUGCGGUCACGCAGCACCCCCGCUGCCGCAUCCGGGUCACCAUUGUGCCGCGCACGGCCGACACGCCCGGCGGGCUCAGGCCGCCCGGCGCAGGCGGCAAGUUCCAGCUCUCCGCUAUAAUGGUGGCGCAUAUCCCCAUCACAGUGCCGGUGGGGGCCAGGGAAACCAUGAACCUGCGGUAG